CUUUCUUAACCCUGAGUGCUGAGAACCAUUGCUAUGCCACUGAUAUAAUUUUCUUUGUUCAAAUUCUGAUGCAGAGCUGAAAGAAAUGGUGAAAUGUCAACAACACCUUUGGUGAAGCUUAUAAAACAAAGAUACCAAGAAUAUGCCUUGAUCUCUACACUAAUUGAAACCUUUAUCGUCAUCAGUAUAUCUGUUGCUUACCUGACAUUAGGAACGGCUUUACAGGAUAUUGUGAAUGGAAUAAUUCACUCCACAUUCUUUCGACAGAGAAAUAACAAUUGUUUACCUGUUCAAUGGCAAACAGAGAUGAGAGAAAAAAUAAUUACAAAUAUUUCAACUGGUAUUUUAUUUGGAAUUAUUUUUCUCAUUGCAAUAUUCAGCCUUAAGAGCUUUAUUACAGUGAUGGAAAAAGUCUCUUCAUUCGCAAUGAACACAAUAAAUAUUUUAAUCUUUUUUAUGUACAUUCAAUCACGAAGAGACAAGAACAGCAAUGUGGAAAUUCCCCUGCCAAUGCCUAAAUGGAUGAAUCUGAUAAGCUAUUUGUUGCCAGUAUAUUUUGGAUUUGCAGUAAUUUAUGAUGGGUUUCUUACAAUAACAGAUUACUUGGAAUCUUCUAAACAACACAAUAAAACACUGCAUGCUUUAUAUUCUCAUCAAUAAACUAAGACAUUCUAUAUGAUAAAUCAUUGCCAAAACAAUUGUCUUCCUCUUUAUCUAAUAAAAAUUUAUUUUUGAA